AUGACCGUCGCUGCAACCGGAAGCAUUUUACGGAACUCCGUCGUCGCUGCGGUGGCUUCGACGCCAUGGAACGUGCGUCUGAGAGAGCUCGCGUAUCAAUCCUUGUUCGCUGAAGCGAUAUCUCUCUACCGGUCAAUGCUCCGAUCAGGCUCCUCUCCCGACGCCUUCUCUUACCCUUUCACUCUCAAAUCAUGUGCCGCCCUUUCGCUCCCUGUCUCCGGCCAACAGCUUCAUUGCCACGUCAUCAGAGGAGGCUGCGAGGCUGAGCCCUUCGUUCUAACUGCUCUGAUCUCAAUGUACUGUAAAUGCGGUUUGGUCGGAGAAGCACGCAAGGUGUUCGACGAAAAUCCUCAGUCACGUCAUCUUGGUGUUUGUUACAACGCUUUGAUAGCUGGUUAUAAAGCAAACUCGAAGGUAACUGAUGCUGUGUGUAUGUUUCGUAAGAUGAAGGAAACUGGUGUGCCUGUGGAUUCAGUUACAAUGCUUGGACUUGUCCCGGUUUGCACGGUUCCUGAUCACCUCUGGCUCGGGAUGUCUCUUCACGGUCAAUGCGUUAAAGGAGGAACAGAUUCUGAAUUAGCUGUUCUGAAUAGUUUUGUCACGAUGUACAUGAAAUGCGGGUCGGUAGAAUUUGGUAGGAGAUUGUUCGAUGAGAUGCAUGUGAAGGGUUUGAUUACCUGGAAUGCUGUGAUUUCUGGAUAUGCACAGAACGGGCUAGCUCACGAUGUUCUGGAGCUUUAUGAGAAGAUGAAAUCAUCGGGUGUUUGUCCUGACCCUGUUACAUUGGUUAGUGUUCUGUCGUCUUGUGCUCAUCUUGGAGCUAAGAAGAUUGGUCAGGAAGUAGAGAAGCUAAUAGAAGCGAAUGGGUUUGUAUCAAACAUGUUUUUAAGUAAUGGGUUGAUCAGUAUGUAUGCUAGAUGUGGUAACUUGGCAAAGGCACGUGCUGUUUUUGACAUCAUACCUGUAAAAAGCUUAGUGUCGUGGACUGCUAUGAUAGGUUGCUAUGGGAUGCAUGGAAUGGCAGAGACUGGGCUAAAGCUUUUCGAUGAUAUGAUAAAAAGCGGCAUGAGACCCGACGGGACAGUCUUUGUGAUGGUUUUAUCUGCGUGCAGCCAUUCAGGGCUAACGGAUAAAGGUUUAGAGUUAUUUGGUUCGAUGAAGAGAGAGUAUAACGUGAAACCUGGUCCUGAACACUACUCUUGCGUAGUUGAUCUACUGGGAAGAGCUGGUCGAUUAGAUGAAGCCAUGGAGUUUAUAGAAUCAAUGCCUGUUGAACCCGAUGGUGCUGUUUGGGGAGCUCUAUUGGGUGCCUGCAAAAUCUAUAAGAACGUGGAUAUGGCAGAGUUAGCUUUCGCAAAGGUGAUUGAGCUUGAACCCAUGAACAUUGGCUACUAUGUAUUGAUGUCAAAUAUAUAUUCAUGCUCGAAGAAUCAAGAAGGAUUCUGGAGAAUCCGGGUAAUGAUGAGAGAGAGGGGAUUCAAGAAAGAGCCUGGGUAUAGUUACGUGGAACACAAGGGAAAAGUUCAACUGUUUUUGGCUGGCGACAGAAGUCAUGAGCAAACAGAGGAAGUCUAUAGGAUGCUGGAUGAGUUAGAGACUUCUGUGAUGGAGAUUGCGGGAAACAAGGACUGUGAUAGAGGUGGAGAGGUCUCGAGCAGUGGACGUGAGCAUAGCGAAAGAUUAGCAGUAGCGUUUGGGAUUCUCAACACAGAACCAGGCACAGAAAUCCUUGUGAUAAAGAACCUGAGGGCUUGUGAAAAUUGUCACGUGUUUAUCAAGAUGGUUAGCAAGAUUGUAGAUCGACGGUUUGUUGUAAGAGAUGCAUCUCGAUUCCAUUAUUUCAAAGACGGGUUCUGCUCGUGCAAGGAUUACUGGUGAAUUUUCCAAGAUUAUCACAAACAUGAUGCUCAAUUUUGAUUUUUCGCAUGCGCGGAAUGUACUACAGAGGGAUGUAUCCACAAACAAAAUGCGUACAGAAACUACAGAAGUGUCAUCUUCUACAAAAGGGAUGGUUUUCUGGACAAUCAUCCUCAUAGGAGGAGCUCCUGCAAGAAGGAAAACAGCUGUGAAGAAGAAAACACGAAACUAAUGGAUUCAGUGUCAAGAGCUAUGUCAACUGAAUUUGCUCCUCCGCUAACUCUAAAAGGGCAUACUUCCAUUCUCCGUUGUAGUUACUUGUCUUCUCCAGUAUAUUGACAGUCAUUUCAGAGUGUUAUUUAAGUGUAAAACAAUCCUCGCAGAGAUUGUAGCCUCCUUUUGUUUUAGCCUUAA